AUGCAUCUGCGUCCUGAUCAUGCAGUCCGAGACCUCCCAACCCUCCACUCCUUCAUCAAACAACACCCACUAGGUGUCCUCACCACUUCUCUCACUUCGGAGAAUCACCCGACCCUCCAAUGCAGCCACAUCCCCUGGGUGUUGGACAGUGAAACAACCUUCGAACCAGAAUCGUCAAAGGAAGCAAAAUUAGCCGAUGAAAACACCAUCUUACAGCCACAUCCCUCCAUGGGAGUCCUCCGUGGCCACAUCGCGCGCCAAAACCCGCAAAGCAAAGCAAUGGUAGAAUCUGCUUUGGGAUACAGCAAAACAAUUAGUAUCCCGGGCGCAUUUCCUAUAACAAGUCCUACAGAAGAAGCAACAAUAUCCACAGGCCACACACUCCCUGGUGAGGUCUUAAUCGUGUUCACCAGCCCAGUAGACCACUACAUCACCCCCCACUUCUACACAGAGUCCAAACCUGCCACAGGCAGGGUUGCUCCGACGUGGAAUUACGCCGCGGUGCAGGUCUACGGUCGGGCGACUAUCUACCACGACACGAAAGAUGAGCAAACAGAGCUGUUCUUACGACAACAGCUCGGCGAUUUAGCCCAGCUUGGAGAGGAAGGCGUAAUGGGGUUUCAAGAUGAGACUGGUUUGAUUUCGGCGUCAAAUGUCAAACACGGGGGAGGUGGAAGUGGAACUGGGAAUAGGGAUGGGGAUCCACCCCAUCACCAAAACCUGAGUCAGAACCAGAGCCCAGACCUGGAGGAGCUCCAUCAGGGGGUGAAAACGGCGCCGACCGAAGCUAGCGGGCAUGGCAACGCCUCGGCAUUGCCGAAGCCUUGGAAAACCUCCGAUGCGCCACGGGAGUACAUUGCCGCGCUUUUGAAGAAUAUUGUUGGGAUGAGGAUUGACAUCACGCGGAUUGAGGGCCGGUUUAAGGUUAGUCAGGAACGACCGAUUAAUGAUCGUGUAGGUGUUGUUGAGGGAUUGGAGACGAUAGGUGGGACGGCGAGGGAUAUGGCGGAGUUUGUGAAGAGGGGAAAAGUUUUGCUUGGGUGA